AAACGGCUGAGGCGGCGCGUGCAGCGCGUUGCCGCGCGACGCCCCAAGCAAGCGGCCGUUGGAGGGCGGCGCGCGCAUGGCCAAGCUGGUGCUGGCGGGCAGGGCAAACUGCCCUCACUAUGCCAAAGCGGAGCUCCUGGCUGACUACCUCCAGGCUAACUUGCCGGACUUCAUGGUUCACAAGAUCACCCAGCACCCUGACAGGUGGGAGCAGUGGCUCCGUGACAUUUGUGAAAUGAAUGGAUGGGAGCACAGACAAUCUCCAAUCAUUUGGAGAGAACUGUUGGACCGUGGAGGGAAGGGUUUGCUUCUGGGAGGAGUUAAUGAUUUUCUGGAAUAUGCUCAGCACUAUUAUGGCAUCACCUCAAUGAUGUUGAGUGAGGAAAUGUUAGACAUUGCUGAGGAGAACCUACAGGCACAUGUGGAAACUGAAAAAGAGGAGGAAGAGAUUAGAAAUCUUACCAACCCUUUGCAAAUCUGGAUCACCAGUGCAUCAGCUCCUAUAUGCUAUCAGCUGAUACCUCUGUUGGCGAAUGGAGAAGUGUUUGGGAUGACCACAGAAAUCAGUAUCCAUUUGCUUGACACUGACGAGUUUAAGAAUGUUCUUUGCGGUAUUGUAAUGGAAGUGGAAGACAUGGCAUUCCCACUCCUCCAUGGUAUUUCAGAGCACACUGAAAUAGAUAAGGCUUUUCUUCAAGCUGACGUUAUCAUUGUUCUUGAUGAUAUCCUCUUAAAACGUGAAGUCCAGUCCCUUGAGAACUACAUCAGAGAAGUGAGUGAGAUCUGCCAUGUGUAUGCUCCCCUGAUUGAGAAGAAUGCAAAGAAAGGGGUCAGAGUAAUUUCAGCAGGAAAAACCUUUGUAAACCUUAAGGCGAUGAUGAUUAUCACAUAUGGCCCAUCCAUUAAUCCUGAAAAUGUCAUUGCUGUUGCAACAGCCUGGGAAACUGCAGCUAAAGCCAUGCUGGCCAGGAAGCUGAAUAUGAAUGCAGCAGGAGUUAAAGAUGUGAUUGUCUGGGGCAAUAUUACUGGCUGUAACUACAUUGACUUGUCACAUACAAAACUUUACAGAUGCGACAGUGCUGUUUGGGGCCCAGCUAAUUUUUCACGUCCUUUGAUGAAUUUGAUUUAUGAUAGCAGAUGGAUCCAUUCAGAAUUUCUGUCUGCACAGAGUUCAUUGAGUUCCCGCGUCUGUUAUUGUGCAGGAAUGUUACCCGCUCAUGCAGUAGCUACUGUACUAAGAUACUGGUUUCAUGGUUCUCCUCCUGGGGAGAUUGUUUCUGUGGGAAUACUUAGUAAAGGUCAGUUUUGCAUUCCUGAAGGGAUUGUCUUUUCUAUGCCAGUGAGGUUCCAGAAUGGUAGCUGGGAAGUCAUGACAGAAUUAGAAAUUAAUGAAAAAACACAGGAAGCUCUGGAACGCUCAUCCCAUGAUGUGAUACAGGAAAAGCUCAUUGCACUAGAGAAAAUAAAAGAAAUGCAUCCAUACGGACGUGAUAAAAUCACUACUAAAAAAGAAUUGCGUCAAGGGAUGGAAACCUUUCCUGCUGGCUCGGUUUAGCCAGAGAUGUCUUCAGGAGAAAAUGGUGAAAAUUCACAUGCUAAAACAAACUACAGAGAAAUGCUAAACAUUGUAAUUGCUUUUAUAUUGCCUUCUUCAUCCAAAAGCUGGGAGUCUGUAGGCAGAAAAAUAUCUCAAAAACAGUGUAAAUAUAACAGUUUUAAUCUGGUGACUAAAACAAAACUUCUGACUUAUUAAUGAGUCUAGAAUCUCAUUCAUGACCAACAAAUAACUUACUUCAAACAAAUAAAAUCUUUCAAAAACAUCUUUUAAGGUCUGAAAAGUACAUACUAGGACAAUUUUGAUCAAAGUUGUCACACACAGUAGUAGUUUCAUAAAUUCAACACAUUUCCACCUCUUUUGGUAGUUGCAAAUGUAAUGAAAAACAGUUUUUGUGUGAGAAUGUGUAUUCUCAGGCAAGACUGAUAUUUAACACAACAGUUUAACUGCAUGCAUCUUCUUAGUGACAAGAUCAUUUUUGUCUACAUGAUUCUAUUUCAUUAGUUUUGUAGGGACUGCUCAUAUGUUUCAAGUCAGAUAUACAAUUAAUUAGUCCUUGGCUAAACAGGGUUGUUGAGGAACUACUUUCAUUUGCAGGUCUUCAGUGCCUUAAAAGAUGGAGACUGUGUUAAAUGAAAUAUCAUUGUACCUGCUAAUUUUUUAUCAGAUGUGAAUGUUUAAAGCAA